AAAAAAUAUUAUAAAAAAAAUAUAAAUGAGUAAAAUAUUAAAUAUGUUAUCGCCUGUAAUGGCACUUAUUCCUGAAGUAGAAAAUCCUAUAACUAAGAUUGUUCCAUUUAGAAGUAGAGCCAUGUGGACUAUUAUAGUAAUAUUAAUAUAUUUGGUAGCUUGCUAAAUUCCUUUAUAUGGAGUUGUAUCUAACUCCUCAUCAGAUCCUUUUUACUGGUUAAGAGUAAUUCUAGCUUCAAACAGAGGAACAAUUAUGGAAUUAGGAAUUUCUCCUAUAGUAACUGCUGGUAUGGUUAUGUAAUUAAUUGUAGGAGCUAAAAUAAUAGAAAUUGACUAGAAUGUUAAAUCUGAAAAAGCUUUAUUUGAAGGAGCUUAAAAACUUUUGGGUCUUAUUAUUGGAUUCUGUGAAGCAGCAGCUUAUGUAUGGAGUGGAAUGUAUGGUGAUAUUGAAAAAGUAGGUAGUGGAAAUGCUAUAUUGAUAGUUUUAUAAUUAACAUUCGCAGGAGUGAUUGUUUUAAUGUUAGAUGAUCUUUUAUCUAAAGGACAUGGAUUAGGAAAUUCUGCAAUUUCAUUAUUUAUAGCAAUUAAUAUUUGUGAGACAUUACUUUGGAAAUCAUUUUCUCCAAUCACAUAUCCAUCAGAAAGUGGAGAAUAAUAUGAAGGAGCUAUGAUAAACUUAUUCCAUAGUCUCAUUUUUAUGCCAAAUAAAUUGCAUGCUUUAUAAAAUGCCUUUUAUAGAUCAGGACUUCCUAAUAUAAGCAAUUUAUUAUCCACUGCAGUUAUUUUCUUGGUUGUGAUUUAUUUCCAAGGAUUCAAGGUUGAUAUUUCAAUUAAAAAUAAUAGAGUAGCUGGACAAAUCUAAUCUUAUCCUAUAAAACUAUUCUACACAUCUAACAUGCCUAUUAUUUUGUAAACUGCUCUUGUAUCUAAUCUUUAUUUCUUCUCCUAAAUGCUAUAUAAGUAAUUCUCUGGAAAUUUCCUUGUUGGAUUAUUGGGAAGAUGGUAAUAAGUUGAAGCUGGUGGAAAUCACUUUGUACCUUCUGGAGGUCUAGUCUAUUAUCUUUCUCCACCAAGAGGACUUUAUGAAACUAUUAGCGAUCCUUUACAUACUAUCCUUUAUGUUGCUUUUGUACUUACUUCUUGUGCUAUCUUCUCUAAGACUUGGAUCGAAGUUUCAGGAUCUUCUGUUAGAGAUGUCGCUAAAUAAUUAAAAGAAUAAGGAAUGAGUCUUAUUGGUUCUAGAGAAGUAGGACUUAAAAAACACCUUGCUAGAUAUAUUCCUAUUGCUGCCACUUUUGGUGGUAUGUGUGUCGGUGCACUUACCAUUGUUGCUGAUUUCAUGGGAGUUAUUGGAUCAGGUACUGGUAUUUUGCUUGCUGUUAAUAUUGUUUAUGGUUACUUUGAAUAAUUCAAAAAAGAAAAAGAAUAAGGAACUUUAGAAUUUUGAGUUUUUUUUUUUUAAUAUUAUUUUUAUCUUUUUUUAAAAAUAUGUUUUUUUAAUUGUUUAAUAAAAAAAAAAGUAGAUUUUUUAUAUUUUCAUUUUAUAAUAAGAAAAAAUUAUUUUUUCCUUUAUUUUUUUUUAUUUCUGUUUUAAAUUUAAAUUUUUUAUAUAUUUUGUAAAAAAAA